UACGUUUUGACAAUUUCAAUUGAUGCGUGUGCGGAAACUUUCGCUGCUGUAAUCAUUCGUUUCGCGUAUGGAACGAAAGUAUUUCAUGUACGCCGGGCUCACAAAAUAAUAAUUUACAUCGAGUGUUUUACGCGAUAAUUCUGGGUGCUUUAAUUUUUAAAUAUAUAUAUCCUCUUUACGUAUAUGUAUCCACUUCUUAGCCUUCGAUCGUUAACGUUUCGCGAGUGAGUCACACACGAUUUGAUUUGUUUUGGUCGACACAUAUCGUCAAGAUUUCGUUUCUUCCGUGAACAUAUACCUGUCUCAACAUCACGCAAUUACUCACACAUCGUUAUUUUUUUGGCAAUCUCGUUUCGUUCGCGUUUCUCCCGGCCUUGAAACCAUUGACAUUUUUUUCAUCGCUUCUAUUGAUAAAAUAAUACACCAGUCCAUCGACGAUCAAGAAAGUUAUGGUGUCUGAAGCGCCUGAGUGAUUAUUUCGCAACCGAUCGUAACAAAAGUUCAAUUUUCUGCUUCGUUCACCCCCUCGAUGUUUGACACUCUCUGUACACGGAAAUGAAAGUUUGUUUCCAAAUGCGAUUAUGAAAUACGUCUGAGCCCACGAAAUUUGUCCCAUUCCAAAUCUUUUAACGAUUCUUUGGCCUCGAUACUAAAAAUUUAUCAAACCCCCUUCAAAAUGAUGGAAGUCGAAGUGCCAGAAUUCAAAUCCAAAGAUGACGAAAUCCAGUAUUGGAUGAAUCUUGCCCAAGAAAUGUACCAGCGGAAGGACGAUGUUGAAAGAGAAUUGGAAGAAUUUCAAGAAAAUUCGCAGAUGUUGGAAAAAGAGUUGGAAAAUUCAUUGGAACAAGCAGAGAAAUUAAACAGAGAUCUGAGGCAGAGAAAUGCCAGAUUAUCUUCAGAAGUCGAUCAAUUGAGAUCCAGGCUGGAUCAACAAACUUCAGAUUGUUCAGUAUUUCAGAACAGAGCGCAAGAGUUGGAAGGCCAGCACGAAGCGUUAUUGAAGUAUAUUAGAGAACUAGAGCAGAAAAAUGACGAUUUAGAAAGAGCCCAAAGAAUAAAUAUAGCAACGGAGGAGGAAAUAGAAGCCAAAUUCAAUUCCGCGAUUGAAAAGAAUGCUUUGUUGGAAUCCGAGCUUGACGAAAAAGAGAGCCUAAAAAUGAUUGUUCAAAGAUUAAUGGACGAGAUUAGAGAUUUGAAACAAGAAAUAAAUGUUUUGAAACGACAUCAUCCUGACAACGAUAAAUCAGCAGCGGAGAGAGUUCGGAGUCUCAUAGACAGCAAUAAGCUUCAGGUUGAGUUGGAAUCGCACGCUUCACCGGCAAUCAGUCCAUUGCCGCAGAGCAUACCUCCCAUGGUGCACAACCCUUCUCAACCGCUCAAAAUUGGGAACGGAGUUGUGGGGGGUGUGAUCGGCAACAACAAUAACAACAACAACAUGAACGUGCCACUCACGCCAUCGACAAGGAUACUCGCGAUGAACAUGAUCGGAGACCUCAUGAGAAAAGUCGGCGCUUUGGAGAAUAAACUGAACGCUCGUCGCAAUGCGUCACGAGAGGAACAAGCUGUACGGGAUUUGUACAGAUACCAUGUACCUGCGAUUCUCGAGGAUUUUAAUCCAAUCGACUUGGAAGCGAAGCGCCGUUGACGUAAAGGUCCGAGAAUCGGAUCGUUCCAUCGAGAUUAGCACGGUACACGCUAUCGUCUCGAUGUUCACUUCGUACUUAGAAAAACAUCCUGGUUGUGCUUCCACUUUCGUGAUAAUUUUCAUGUUCUCCGCCCUCUGAAUGAUACCAGUUUCGUUAUCCCUUAGUUAUUAUUUACACUUUCGUCGAAGUUAUUUUUGUGUAUUCGCGAAGAAAAAAUGUUGUCGCUCCUUAUCAUCAGCAUCAUCAUCGAUAGUAGGAUACUGAAAUUGAAAUUUGCAUCGGAAUGCAGGAAAAAGGAUCAAUUUUUAAUUUAACGAAUCAAAUCGAUUGUUAAAAACGAUUGUCUUGAAGGUUUUUCAAGAAUCCACUGAUCGAAUCAGCAAAUAAAAGCCACAAUUUUGAGCAUCAACAAACUAAAAAAUUACGAACAUAAUAUUUUGUAGAAUUACAAAGAUGCAAAUUUUAAUACCUCAAAACUUCAUGAUCCAUGCUCAAUUGUCGUUCCACAUUACAUAAAAUGAAAAAAAAAAAAAAAAAAAAAAAACAUCGUUCCUUCAUCCUGGCAUUAUUUAAAACGUCGAAAACCAUAGGAUAUUACAACGUACAAGCGUUUUUCUAUUAGACGGAAUUUCUAAUUUAUUGUAACUCUCAUAAAAAAAUCCCUUUCUCGUUAUUUUUCAUUCGAUAUUUAAAUUGUAAUAUUAACUUAAAUUAUAUCGGUUUAAUUGAACGAUCGAUCGAUCAAUUUCGCUGAAUUCCCCCGUAGAUCACGUAGAAUGUACAUUGACCAAUCACGGACCAACUAAUCAUUGUUUUAUCUUUUGUACAUAAUCUACGUGUCGCUCAGGCUUAGAACGAAAUAAUUUUUAAUUUUAGUACGUAGCGUCGUUAUUGUUUAAUAUUUGUAAACUGAAAAAUUGGCCAAGUGUCCCCGUGUUUUAAAAACAGUACAAAUCCCCUUGUCAUUAUUGAGGGUUCAUUUCUCAUAGCCAAAAUGUGUGUUUCGAGCAUGCAAAGCUUUGGUUAUCCAUGUGCCGUAACUAUGAUUUCUGUUUAUUUUUUUUUUUGAAAGAUUGACUCUUCAAAAAUUGCUUAAAAUAAAGAACCGCAGGAACAUUAUCGUUCGAACGAAAAAUCACGAAUUCAAACAGGCUAAUUCCUUUGAACAAUUUUGAAGAAGAGUCAAGUCUUCGUUAAAUGUGUAGCAGAAACAUUAGAUCGUUUCUCUAUUGUAGAAAAAAAAACACACACACACAAUCUGAAUCCUCGAUAGAGAUUUGAUUGUAACAAAAAACUGUUAACUCUGUUCGACUUAGGACUAGAAGACAAGUGAGAGGUCUCGCCACCGGCAACAACAAUCACAAUCGAUUGUAAAUUAAUCCCCAAGUUGGGAUUGAAAAAGAGAAAAAAGAAGAAAAAAACCAAAUCAUAAAAUCAGCUUUGUUCCACAAUAAUUCGCGUGCGUUUAACGAAUAAUAUAAAAUCGAAUAAUUUAUCUUCGUACAACUUGGUAGCACCGGAGAAGAAAAAAGGCGAUGAAAAAAAUGACAGGAAGUCAUUUGAACCUGUUCGAGACUGUAAACGCGGCAAGACGUUUUGUAAAUAUAUUUAAUUUAUCCAUCGAUACAUUAAUUGAUGAUAUGUAAAAUAUAAAAUUGUCUUUGCGAUAAUUUGGUAGAAAUUUUGUAGAUAAACAAUCGUUAAUGUCGUGACAAAACUGUAGAGACAUUGAGACUUCUUGCAAGUAGUCCGUAUAUUCCUUCGAAACGUACAGACGAGGUAUUUUGUUACUGCAGUAUAAUUAAUAAAUAAUCAACUUUGACACUUAAUAAUACAGGAAAAAAAUUAUAACGGAACAUACAGUCAACAGAAUGGUCUAAAGUACUACGAUAUUUAGUAAGAUCCCGCAUUAUAACUGUGCUAUUUAAAUCAAAUUCCGAUGAAUCGAUGCCGCUCAUUAUAGUACGAUCGAAUUGUAAUCAGUAACGACUAUAUUCUCACUAAUAUUUAUAAUCAUCGUAAUUUUAAUCUCAUUUAUAUAUAUCCGGCUAGAUUAUUAAUUUGUUAAACAUUGGCAACCGCAUAUCAUUGGUUUUUUCGCUCAUUCCUCAAAUAAAACACGUGGCACACUA